CACUUCUUCUUCAGCAGCUCUUCUGAAUAUCAUGGGUCGCCGAAGUAGUGGUGGUGGUGGUGGGUUCAGAUCCAGUGGCAGCGGAGGAAGUUGGUUACCAUGGUCAAGAUCUCGCUCAUCUCCUCGUCUUGCUGCUGAUAAGCCGCUGAAGAGUCCACGGAAGCCUGGCAAGUCAUGAUCAUCUUAUUAAUUCCUUCUACAAUUUUGGCCGCGCCUCAAAUUAAUUACUAUAAUGAUGACUUAGAAUUACGUACAUUGUGUAUGUUGUUGUUGUAUGACUUAGAAUUUUGGUUCCCAUAUGUUGCAGCUGCUCCUGUUCCUCCUUCUCCUCCAUCUCCGGUACAGAGUCAACCUGCAGCAGGAGGUCUUGGUUCCUCGUUUACCGAUGGAAUGGCCUUUGGUAGUGGAAAUGCAGUCGGCCAUACGGUAACGGAUGCUGUGUUAGGCGUACGGGAUUUUAAACAUGAGGUUAAGGUGGCUGAUCCUGCCCCCUCAGCUGGUUCUACAGCUGUUGGAUGUGGUGCCCCAAUGGCAGCUUUCCAAGAGUGUCUCAAUAAUGGAGGCGACCUAAGCAAAUGUCAGUUUUACAUGAAUAUGGUGUGUGAGUGUCGCAGAAGUUCUACCACAGUGGCUUGAUUUCUUAGACCUUGACGACCAGCUUAAUAAUAUUAUGAUGACGAGUAGUUUUGUUGGAUGGAGUUUUGACUCUUUUUUUCUAAGUUAAUCACUAGGUUGUCAUUUAUGGUUCGUAGUUGGUACAGCCAUUUAAUUUUAUCUACCACUGUAGUUCAUUUUGUGUAGAGUUUCUGAUAAUUCUUAUUUAUGGUUUCACAACGUAAUAAAUUUAUGAAUGGCUCCUACUGCAUGCAGAGCUACUUGAGUA